AAAUAAUGUAGUGAAACUUGAAGAAACAUUUCAUCAAACACACCGACAAGGAGAAUAUGGAAAUAUACAUACAAAGUCCCACUUGGUGUGUUGAUGUGCUUGUGUCUUAGCUGUUGUGUGCUGUAGAGUUUCGAUCGGCGUCACAGUAGUCUGGUCAAACGAAACUAACAAUUUAAUGCCAUGAAACGGACAAACUUAAAGUACUGAGAUGGCUCCUAGAAUUCAAAUCAAGCUUGUUGGAGAACAUGUAGCAUAUUUGGAGGAACAGAUACGAGAUAUGGAACCUGCCCUUGAAAUUAUGAAACGUGUCGUAGAGAAAAGUAAAGCGUGGAUACAAGAUAAAAAUGACACCCCGUCUGUCCCCUACAUAGAGAUAUGCCAGGAACUUGAAUCAGCGACCACGGCUAUGUUGGAUGCAGCGUCACACAUUAUAAACAAGAAUAAAGAACAAGUAGAUGCCAAGGAAGGGACACCAUUCUUAUCAUUGUCUACACAGCAAACUACAGCAACAGAAACACCUGGCAAAUGUGAAUCGGAAAUACAAAAUCAACAACAAAUCGAAAUAUUGAGUCGACUUAAGUUAAUAGAGACAGCCAUUUCUUCUCUACAAGACUUCAGUAGACUUGAAUUGAUAGAGACAGCCUUAUCGUUUGUGCAUGAUGAUAAUGACAAAUCUACAGAAGACAUAUCAGAAAUAAAACAAUGGAGAGACAACUUUGUAACAGAACAGAGCGAUAUGAGGUUGAAAAUUGAACAAAUGACUAAAAAACAAAAUCAAGAUUUUAAAAAUCUUAGAAAACAAAUGAGUGAACAAGAUAACAAAGUAAAGGAGCUGAACAAAGAAAUUGAAAGUUUAAAAGAAACAGAAACCAAGUCAAACAAAACACUAGAGAAACUGUCCCUAGAUAUGAAGGAAUAUGAAAACAUCUUGCUCAAAAUAAAUAAAGAGAUUCAAGAUCAUUCAGAUAAAACAGACAGUAUAACUUAAGAAAUUAAAAGACAUUCUGAUGAGAUUGUUUCUUUACAAGAAGAUAACAAUAAAAUCAUAGUCAAUGUAUCAACCAACUUUGAGAAGCUGCGAUCAAAACACACUGUUGUGUACAAGCUUGUACAACAACGAUUGAUGCCCAUGGACAAACUGAUUCAAAUCUUUAACCAAAACUUGGAUACUAGAGAAGAAAAAAUAAAGAAGCUGAGAAAUAUUGAAAAUAUUGUUUACAAGUUAUCCAACGAUUUCAAUCAAACUGACACACCGGUAUACAAGGGAUAUGUUUGUCAUGCACAGCUGGCAAGUAAUACACAUGCAGUCAUUGAUUCAAAGAUAUCAACGUUUAGAGACAUUCGUGAAUUUAACGGCCAUCACUUUGAUCAAACAACUGGGACAUUUGUAUCACCAGAUGAUGGUUUAUAUCUUGUCAGUGUCACUCUACAUGAACAUGAAUACAAACGGAUUAGAGUUGCUGUGUGGGCUGGAGGGAUGUGGUGUAUGUCUGUAGAAGUGAAAUAUGCCGACACUAGCGCUGCUGGGUCAGUGGUUGUUGACAUGAAGAAAGGUCAAGAACUUUACUUGUAUGUAAUUCUCGCAGACAAAGACGCAAAGUUAUCCUACUACAGUAGUUUUACUAUCGUUAGUUUAUAGAAGUACAACACGAAACAUGGUGUAUGAUACAUUCUCCAUAAAAUAAAAAAUGUAACCACCAUGUUCAAAAUGCAACCAUCAUCCAAGUUCUGUUUAAGGACUUAAAAUGUAAACUUUCAUUUCUACAGCGUAGUCUGAGUCCUUGUUAAUCUUGCGUUAUUUAUGUCGAUACAAUAAUCAACGAAUUACACUUAUGUCUGCCUAAACUGGAUCAUGUCUAAAGCAUUAGAGACUGUACCAGUAUAACUGAGUUUAAAAUCGUCCAGAGAAAGUUGGUAAAAUACACAUUUGUAACAUCUAGUUAAUGAUUGUUUUAUGUAGACGCAUUCAUUUAUCAUGUUUAUUUUUAGAACACUGUAUAGUAUAGAUGUAAAAAAACCAGGGGAAGUAACCAAUAUAAUAAAAUACAGUGUCUGUAAUAUCUCGAUAAGUUUCCUUGUAAACAUGUUUUCAUUUGUUUUUUUUUUCCAAUUCAAGAAUUACUGUUUUAACGCAAAAUACGUUAAGCAAUAUUUGCAUAUCCUGAUAUAUUUUAAAUGCUUUUACAAUUGUUCACAUAUAGCUUGCGUAAGAUUAUGUUAAAACUGUUUUAUAUUGUGUUAUACUUUAUUUACCUCAUGUACCUAACAAUAGAUCAUAUGUACCUUACCACACUUCAGACAAUAGAUGGCAUGUACCUCACUUCACAAUAGAGGACAUGUAUCUUACCUCAUCAGACUGAACACGACACAUCGAAGUUUGAUCAUAGCGUAGUUGAGAUAUAAUUUUAUGACUAUGUGUAAAAUGAUAGUUUUCACGUUAAAAAAUUCCUGUUGUUUAACAUUCUUUCUACAAAUAUAAACAUAAAUGUUAUAUUAGUGAUACAUAUUGUAUUAUUAAUGCUCUUAUAUCACUAAAUUGUGUAUGUUUUUCAUUAUACUUCUGGUUUAG